AUGCCUCGUUCGAAUCGCUUGGACCGCUCGGUCAGCAUGGAUACCGACAACUGCAGAUCCUUCAACGACAUCAAAACGAAAACGAGACCUUCAUCGUUGAUGGGUCGAUGGAGGAGUUUCCGUAACUCUCUGCGCAACGAAGAACGUCGGUUCGCAGGAGAUUCGCUGCCAGAACCCGACGAUGUGGAGAUGAUGUUCUUCGAGACGGAGGAUGACGCUGCCCACACACGAGACGAACUCGGUAUCAAAAUAUGCAAGGAUACCAUCAGACAAACUAUACUUGACCACAUGCGCAUGGUGUCCAGGGACCUAAACAUUCUACCGUGUAUUGAAAAUACACAGUUGACGAACAAUGACUUGGCAAAUCUCUUGAAAAACUCUGCCAGGAUUGAGAGAAAUGUUGUGUUUUUGUGGUGUGCUUUUUUGAAAAAGUGUGAUUUACUUGUUGCAGUAGAGCAAUUAGGAGUAGAUCUAAACUUUUCUAUACUUGGAGGACUUACUGCUGUGCAUUUAAGUGCUUUCAGUGGGUGUGUGAGGUGCUUGAGAUGGCUGAUACAGAAGGGAUGUGAUAUUAAUCUUAGUCCAGAAUCCUAUUCACCUCUACAUUGUGCAGUUUUAGGGAAUUCUGUGGCAACUACCAACAUGUUACUAAGAGCGGGAGCUGAAUUAAAAGAUUCCGUUUUACAUUCUGCUGUACGUGUAAAUGCUGUUGAGUGUUUAACUCUUCUAACUAACAAAAAUAUAAACGUAAACUCUUUGGACUCUUCUGGAAUGGCUCCGUUGCACAUUGCUGCUGAUCGAAGAAUGAAACAGUGCCUUGAAAUUUUGUUGGACUGUGAUAAAAUUAACAUAGAUUUAGAAACAAAGGAUGGAAAAAAUACUGCACUGCAUCUGGCAAGUGAAGGGGGAUAUGCCGAUUGCGUUUCCAUGUUGCUCGCUAAAAAGGCCACCGUUGACAAACGCAAUGUUAAGUUACAGACACCUUUGCACCUUGCUGCCAAGUUUCAAGGAGUUGAAUGCGUUGAAGCUUUGCUCAAAGCCGGAUCAGAUGUUAAUGCUGUGGAUUUAGACAAUAUUACGCCCUUACGUGCUGCUGUUGGAAAAGCUUUGAUGGCAUACAACACUGUUGAGGUAUUAAUUGCGUCAGGGGCAGAAGUGAAUGUAAAGGACAAAUAUGGCUUCACAGCGCUUCACGUAGCUGCCUUGAACGAACUGUCUAAAUGUGUAGAUGCUCUGAUUUUGAAAGGAGCUGAUGUAAGUGCGAAAACAAAGGGAGGACUAACGUGUCUUAAUAUCAUAAGUAGGAAAACACCUGCUUGUUUAGCAACAAUAUGUAAAAAAUUGGACAGUUCUAUUUCACUGUAUGACCCUAAGUCAUCAAACCGUGAAGUAGAAGUUAAGCUGGAUUUUCGUUAUCUGUUGCAACACUCUUCUAGAGGUGAUGUGGGGCUGUUGAAGACUUUUUUGGAUGAAGGACAGAAGGAGAUGUUAUCUCAUCCAUUAUGUGGUGCUUUUCUAUGUAUAAAAUGGCAAAAGAUAAGAAGGUUUUAUUUCUGUAGAUUGUUUUUAAGUACAAUUUUGUCAAUAUUUUUCACACUUUACGUGAUGAGUGCACUUGCUCACAAUUGCUACAAUGCAGUAAAGAACAUUAGCGUAGAAGACAAAGACUUUUGUAGGGAUAAUUCAUUUAUAGGUGAUGUUUUAGAAAGCCACCCUAAAUUUAUGGAAGUGUCGUGGUAUAUCUUGCUUUUGAUAACUUGCAUUGAAAUUUUACGCAAAUUACUACGUUUAGCUGGUUAUCGCAGUUUCAAACAGUAUUUUAUGGAAUGGUCCAAUAUAAUUGAAUGGUACACAGUGUUCAGUGUUUUUGCAACAUCCUUUAUUUAUACAGGCAGGACAUACAUGUGGCAAAAUCAUGUAGGAGCAUUCGGUGUACUUUGCGCAUGGGCUAACCUCAUGGGUAAGGUAGGUCAGCAUCCUAGUUUUGGAACGUAUGUUGCUAUGUUUACAAAGGUACAGUCUGAAUUUGCUAAAUUGUUUAUGGCGUACGCUUUUCUCUUAAUUGGGUUUACAGUAAGCUUUUGUGUAAUAUUUCCAAAGUCAGAAGACUUUAAAAGCCCUUUAAUAGGUUUUGUUAAAGUUUUAGUUUUGAUGACUGGGUGGCUGGACAUGGAAAUGUUGUACGCUGGUUCAAAUGGUAAAAGUAUCCUACUGGACAUUAGCUCUCAUAUUACUUAUGUAUUAUUUGUAAUAUUUGUUACUGUUGUACUGAUGAAUCUGUUGGUCGGUAACGCAGUUCAGGAUAUUGAAGGACUUCAUAAGACUGCAGGACUUUCAAAGUUAGUUCGACAAACUGAGCUGAUUUCUUUCCUCGAACUUGCGCUGUUCCAAUGGUACGUUCCGCGAAAGAUAAUGAAUGUGCUGAGGUUAACUUCACUCGUGUCUCCCUCAGCGUUCCGCGUGGUUCUACACGUCAAACCACUGAAUCCUCGGGAGAACCGACUACCGAAGAACAUUUUGAUGGCGGCCCAUGAGAUCGCACGGAAGCGUCGAAACACCAACACUUUGUCCAACACAGUGAACUACCGCUCCUCAAAAUCAGCGAAGGAGGAUUCUACCAAGCAGUUGGAGGAGGAAGUGAGAAAUCUUAAGGUUCUUCUGUCAGAGCAGCAACAGGCUCUCGCCGAACUGUUGCAUAUUAUCAAUAGAAAGUGA